UGGUCGUUGAUAUUUUAAUGCCCACCCCUGGUACUUCGAAGAGAGAGAGAGAAAGAGAUUUGUCGAAGAGCUGAGUGUCACAGUCCAUCAGACGGGACAGGUUGAAACCGAAGCCGAGAAGAUACAUCUUCUUCCAAAGUGAGGCGAGAAAGGUUUUGGAGAUCCACAGAGGACUGUCUACCCGUCCGAGCUGAACGAUAGGAUAGUCUCCUGGGUUGAAAGAUUCCUGGAUUAAGGGCCAAAGUUGACACAACACAAUGAGAGCUGACAACAUCAACCCUCGGACCGGGCUGGUGGUAGCUUUGGUCAGUGUCUUCCUAGUCUUUGGCUUCAUGUUCACCGUGUCCGGUGUCAGAGGAGAGACUCUGGGCAACGUCCCUCUUAUUGCCAUCGGCCCUGCCAUCUUCUUGCCCGGACUGGCUGCCAUACUGCUGGCUAAGAAGACGGACGGCUGUUCCAAAUGGCCCAGAUGCAGGGAUCUCUUCCGCAAAGGAAGCGCCGCGGACCAGCUCUUGGAUGGGCCGAGUGUCGAGGGGAACUUGCAGGACGUGUCCAAGAACUCGACUAGGUCCCACACCCCGGACUUGGAGGGAGGAAGCUUCGCCGUGGACAACAAGAUGAGCGACCAGGAAGCGGCCAGAAAGUACUUGGAGACUUACUACCCGUCCGAUGUUUUCAACUACUGCGCAUUCGCCCGUCUCUGCUCAAACCGGCACGGCUCCUUCUACACGAGUGUCUACUCCACCCGGGACAGCGUGGUCUACUCGCCCCGGGACAAUGUACCCUACGGGAGGUACUACUGCUGUUACCCUAGCCCCGGGGAAGCCCCUCACGUCAGACUUUGUUUGGACUACGAGACCAUAGUGUGA